AUGGCUUCUUCUACUUCGUCAAGUCCGAGGGAAGCGCCAGACCCGAAGCUCUUUGGGGAACAAGUCCAUACCGAUUUUGCAGAUCCCAAUGACGAUUACGACGAUGGCUUCGAAUUGUCAGAUCAUGCAGUCGCCAAGAAGUGGCAAGGUACUGCUGCCGAUAAGAAAGAUAUGGCCAACUUGGGCAGAGUCCAGCAGCUACGACGAAACUUCGAAUUCCUGUCCAUACUAGGCUUCGGCUGCACUCUAGUAGCAACAUGGGAGGUCCUCUUGACCACAAUUGCAUCAAUCCUGACCGAUGGCGGUACCUCUGGAGUGAUAUGGGGCUUCAUCGUUGUGACUUUCGGCUUCUCCUUCGUGUAUCUGUCAAUCGCUGAGAUGGCUUCCAUGGCUCCAACAUCCGGCGGACAGUAUCAUUGGGUCUCAGAAUUCGCGCCGGAGCCAGCUCAAAAGUUCCUCUCCUAUCUGGUCGGAUGGCUCUGCUUCACUGGAUGGCAGUGCGCGAUCACGUCAAUCACAUACUUGACAGGCACUGUGAUCCAAGGCCUGAUCGUGCUGAACACGCCGAGCUACGUCUUCGAAUCAUGGCAUGGGACUUUGCUUGUGAUUGCAGUGGCAGUAUUUGCCAUCUUCUUCAACACAGUCCUCGCCAAGCGGCUACCGCUCGUGGAAGGGUUUCUUCUGGUCUUACAUGUUCUGGGUCUAUUUGCAAUCAUUAUCACCCUCUGGGUCCUAGCGCCCACAGCGAAUGCCAAGGACGUGUUCACGACUUUUACCAAUGCAGGUGGCUGGAACUCAGAUGGCACGGCGUUUAUGGUCGGCCUCCUUAGCCCUGUCAUCUCGACCAUCGGCUUCGAUUCCGGGGUCCACAUGUCCGAAGAGGUCAAAGACGCAGGGAACACAGUGCCUAAAGCCAUCCUCGGCGCUUUCUGGUUCAACUGCUUCCUCGGCUUCCUCAUGGCUGUUACAAUGUGCUUCUGCCUGGGAGACGUCGACUCGAUCCUCGCGUCACCAACAGGAUAUCCAUUCAUCCAGGUCUUUUACAACGUCACUCAAUCGUAUGCUGGUGCCUCAAUCUUGACUCUGAUCCUGAUCCUUACUCUCACCUCAUCCGCCAUUGCAGAAAUCGCCACAGCUUCACGACAACUCUGGUCUUUCGCUCGCGAUAAGGGUAUGCCAGGCCACUCUUGGCUAUCACACAUAACACCCGGCUGGAACAUUCCCCUCAACGCAGUCCUAGUCAGCUUGCUGGUCACGAGCCUGCUAUCCCUCAUCAACCUAGGCUCAUCCGCAGCCCUGAACGCCAUCCUUGCUUUGACAACAGUCAGCCUCCUGACCUCUUACAUCAUCGUAAUCGGCUGCGUGCUAUUGAAGCGGAUUCGAGGCCAACCACUUCCACACUCUCGCUGGACUCUGGGACGAUGGGGUAUGGCGAUCAAUAUCAUCGCUAUGGCGUAUCUACUCAUGGUGUACGUUUGGAUGUUCUUCCCGACUGCGACGCCUGUGGAGCCGAGCACCAUGAAUUGGGCCAUUGUGAUGUUUGCCGGGAUCAUGACAAUUGCUACCUUGUAUUAUGUAGUGAGAGGGAGGCAUCACUAUGUGGCGCCUGUAGCGUUGGUCAAGAGGAGUGAUUAUGGUCGAUAG